CUCGAAGAGUCGUAGUCAUACAGAUACAGGGUCCCGUUCAAGGUUCAACAGAGCUCUUACUGAGGCUGCCUCUCGCCCCAAAAUCACCAUUUCUUUUUUUUAUUAAAACGGAAAAGCAUGAGAAACACUCUAUUAGAAGCCCUCAAUGUCAGGGUCGUCGGUACCGGCGACAAGACCCUCGUCCUCGCCCACGGCUUUGGCACCGAUCAAUCAGCUUGGCAGCGCAUCCUACCCUACUUUUCCCAGCACAACCGCGUCGUACUCUAUGACCUUGUAUGCGCCGGCAGUGUUAAUCCUGAUUACUUCGACUUCCGACGAUACACCACUCUCGACGCCUAUGUCGACGAUCUACUUCACAUCCUCGAUGCCCUCCGCGUUGACAAAUGCGCCUACGUCGGCCACUCUGUUUCUGCCAUGAUCGGAAUCUUAGCCUCUAUUCGCCGACCCGAUCUCUUCACCAAACUCGUCCUUAUCGGUGCCUCGCCUAGGUUCUUAAAUGACGCAGAUUAUCACGGUGGAUUCGAGCAGGGAGAGAUCGAGAAGGUAUUCUCGGCAAUGGAGGCUAAUUACGAGGCAUGGGUUAAUGGGUUCGCGCCGUUAGCAGUGGGAGCGGACGUGCCGGAUGCCGUUAGAGAAUUCAGCCGGACCUUAUUCAACAUGAGGCCCGACAUAUCGCUUUUCGUGUGCCGAACCGUGUUCAAUAGCGAUUUGAGGGGGAUUUUGGGUCUGGUGAAGGUGCCUUGUUGUAUAAUUCAGACGGCCAAAGAUGUCUCAGUGCCGAUAUCGGUGGCGAAUUACCUUAAGAACCAUCUGGGUGGCCGGAAUACGGUGGAGAUAUUAGACACUGAAGGACAUUUACCGCACCUGAGUGCGCCGGGUUUACUAGCUUCCCGUCUACGGCGAGCUCUACAGCGGUGACUCGAAUAGUGCGGUCCGCAAUUCCGUGAAUCAGAUGUGCGUCAGACAACGAAUAGGGCUAGCGAUCUAACGAUGUUGACACCUGGCUAAUAGGUUGCGGUAAAUGGCCCUUUGCUUUUUUUUUCAAGGUUUUAAGUUUGUUGCUACUUUGCUUUGAGAUACUCACCCAACGCCAUAGGCCCAUAGUCCCAUAUACGAUCUCUCUCUCGUAACUCGUAAGAAAGGAUAAGAUUCCGCACGUGGAAAUCACGUGAUGCAGGAUUUUUGUCUUGUGGUAUGAUUUCCUUCUCUUUCCGACUC